AAUUUUGUUGCAUUCAAACGAAACGACCCAAGUUCUUUCCUCAAUCCUUGGCUCUCUGGGUUUCAAAAAAACACCAAUUAUUGCAUGAGAAGAAGACAUGAACUGUAACCAUGCCACUCUCUUUUGCGUUUCUCUCCCACCACCACCACCACCACCACCACCACUGAAUUCAACUCAUGCGAUUUUCCCAAAUUGCCAUUCUCCACUCCUCUCUGUGUCAAACAAAACCCUUUUGCACACACCGAAGCUCAAGAGAAAAACGAUUCUUAGAAUCAAAGCUUCUUCGAAGGAUGAUAAUUCUAAAUCACCACCAAAUUGGUCUAAGUGGAUCCCCACAGGCUCUUUUGCUGCUGAUAAAGUUUUCAGAUUGAUUUCCAGUGCUACCGCUAGUCCCAUUGGACAGUUUGUUUCUUCCCCCACCACGUUUCUUCACUCUAUUGAUCCAAGGGUCAAAUUGGUAUGGCUUUUAGUUCUGGUUGUUCUACCGGCAAGGUCGCAUAUAAUUAUGCAAUUUGGAUUAGUAGCGUACUUGACUUUGCUUUCAAUUUGGAUUCUACCAAGAAAUGCUUGGAUGGAUCAAUUGGGGCGAGUUUAUUUUCUGUCGGCAUUGUUAUUCAUAACAUUAGGGCUUGGUUCAGAUGGCGUGCCUGCACUUGUUCAGCCGAGAACUCCACCACUUGCGGUGACGGGGAUUCCUAAUCUUCCUAUAUCUUUAACAGGUUACUCAUAUGUAAUCUCAAAAUUAGGUCCAUUAACCUUUACAAGGAAAGGAUUAUCUAUAGGAAGCACGGUUGCAUGUUUGACUUUUACAGUAUUUCAAAGUGCAAGUCUCUGUCUCACAACCACAACACCUGAACAGCUAGCAUCUGCUUUGCGAUGGUUUAUGCUUCCUCUGAGAUACAUAGGCGUAUCUGUAUCAGAAAUUGUGCUUACCCUUUUACUGUCAUUGAGAUUUAUCAGUCUUGUUUUUGACGAGGUCCGGAACAUUGCUAUGGGAAUUGUAUCUCGUAGAGUAAAUUGGAAACAACUAACUGUUAUGGAAACAAUCGAUAUUUUCUUUAACUACUUCCGUCGCAUCUUCAAAAAUAUUUUCAGCCAUGCAGAGCAAAUUUCUCAGGCGAUGAUAGCUAGAGGUUUUAAAGGGGACGUUGAAACUCACAAAAUUUAUUUCUUGUCUGAAUCAUCUUUUGGGAUGGGAGAUGUCGUAAGUUUGUUGUGCUUGUCAGUUGUCAUCGGAGCUGCUCUCCUGUCUGAUUACUACCUUGUCUAAUGACAGAGGUUCACCACUUAUGGCACUUGUAUUGUAUGCAGGUUCUUAACCUGGCUUGGUAAUUUUCUUUGAGAAGUGUCUCAAUGGAUUGAUUCAAAGUUGAAACCUAAUUUUGGAUCAUUUGCUUUCAGAAGUCAGACAAGUCAUUGUAUAUCCACAUAGUUGCCUUAUAAUAAUAGACUAUAUAGGAAAUUCUGUGUGGAUGACAGGCGGACCCUUUCGAUAUCGUAGAAAGUUCAUAACAAGUAUCCACAUCCUUUUGAUCAGGCAUUCCCGAGGAGGAGGAGGAUUUCAUAUUAAUCUUAGUGAUGAGCAGAGCUAAAUGAUUUUGAUGCACGGAAACGUCGCCUCUGUCGUAGUGGGUUUUGAACUUUUGUAACAUUGCAAUAGUUAGAUCUGAAUGCCAUUUUGAGUUAACAAAUACAUGAAUUAUUAUUCAAGUUGAUGAUUUGUACAAAUCAGUACUGAAUGCUAUUUGUAUACAGUUAGAUGCAUACAUUUGUAA